GGAAGGAGAGGAACACUUUACACUACGUUUUCCUUCACUACGUUUAACUCCACUGCCGGGCAUUAAUCUCCUGCUGCUGCUCGGACAUUUGGUUCUGGUGUUUAAGGAGGUUCUCAGCACUGGGGUGCGCUUGUGUCUAUAGCCUGGACCAGUAGAGCAGCAGGGAUGAACUGGUCGGGCCUGGAGAGUCUCCUGAGUGGAGUCAAUAAAUACUCCACUGCAUUUGGGAGGAUCUGGCUGUCCAUGGUGUUUGUGUUCCGCGUGCUGGUGUUUGUGGUCGCAGCGCAGAGGGUUUGGGGGGAUGAGAACAAGGACUUUGUGUGUAACACCCGGCAGCCUGGCUGCACCAAUAUCUGCUACGACCACAUCUUCCCCAUCUCCCACAUCCGUCUGUGGGCUCUGCAGCUGAUCUUUAUCACCUGCCCAUCUUUUAUGGUGAUGGCUCAUGUGAAAUUCCGCGAGGGCAAGGACGCGAAAUAUGAAUCGGUGCACCACGGCUCUCACCUGUACGCCAACCCUGGCAAGAAGAGAGGGGGGCUGUGGUGGACAUAUCUGCUGAGUUUGGUCUUCAAAUCUGGAUUCGACGCAGCAUUCCUUUACAUCUUGUACAGGAUUUAUCAUGGAUAUGACCUGCCCAGGUUAUCCAAGUGUGCCCUGGAGCCAUGUCCCAACACAGUGGAUUGCUUCAUCAGUCGUCCAACAGAGAAAAAGAUCUUCAUGUUGUUCAUGGUUGUAUCCAGCAUACUGUGCAUCUUCAUGUGCAUCUGUGAGAUGGUUUAUCUCAUUGGGAAGCGCAUCAGCAAAUUGUUGAGGAUCCGACACGAGAACCAGAGACUCAUAUUUGCUGAUCAACAUGAGCUCACCGACUUAGCGCCGCCGAGGUCGAUGUAUCGGAAGACAGAUCCGACACUGACUGACAGCCAGCUGAGUUUGAAUAAGCGGGAGAAGGUUAGAAAAGGUACUACAACUACGACAUUGUAGGACACAACCGCCACUAUGCCAUGGAUUUUUUACUAAUGGGUGACCACACAACAAGAACAUGGUUGUACCUGAAGCUAUUAAUCCCAAGGACUAAUAGGGCCCAGUCCUGACCUCUGUGAUUCUGUCAUCCAGCUGAACACAAACCAUAAUUCCCCUUGAGGAGGAUGGCCAAGACUGGCUAAUUGCAUAUUGUAGUACCUAAUUGAAGAAGAGGACUAUUGGUAUCACUAUGAUACUGGGACAACGCUUUGUGCCACAGAUCUGAUCAUCAUAUGGCCGACAACAUGAGGAGACACAUCCAGGAGAAUUACACAACGGAUGGAUUCUCAUGUUGCGUUUUCAGGAAAUUGUAAAUUGAUUAUUGAUUCAUGAGAAAAAAAUGAUAUUGUAAAUUACAGCACUUGGUAUCUUCAACACAGAUAACAGCUUUACCAACAGCCUGACUGAGAAAAGGAAUGUUUAAAUUUCUUCUUCAACAGGGACUAAAAUAUCACCAAGAAUGUAAUGAGCUGAUGCCUCGAAUGACGUGUUGAGUUACCCAAUCUUUCAUGUUUAUAUCUCUCUAUAUCUCUUUAUAUCUAUUUUUGUAUUUCUAAGGGCUUCAUGGCCAACCAGCUGUAUUUGACAAUCAGCUAAUUCCCUAUUGUGUCUGUUAAGGGCUCUUUAUUAUUAGAAUUUAAAAUAUAUGUUGCUGUAAAUUAUUUUAUUUUUGGUUGUUUAAUAUCAGGGGAAAUAAUUAUUGUUGUACAAGCAGGACUUUAGCUAAUGAUAAUGUUAAAGGAGCUAUGUCAGUUGCUACAUAGCCAUUUUUGGCAUUAGGUGAUUACACAGUAGUCCUGCCACCGUUGAGUUUACAUGACAAGAGAUCAACUCUUCUACAAACCAGGCUAGCUGGUUAGCAUGCAUACUUUGUUAACUUUGGCUGCAUAUUUAAUUAUACCCCACAGACUGUUUAGAUGCUGACUCAUUCUUUUGUUCUUUAAUGUAAAGCGACAGUGACUCGAUAGACAAGACAGGUUUUUCAGGGCACAGCUGGCUAGUCAGCAUGGUGACUUCAGUAGAAGUUUGGCUAUGUCGCAAUAGCCACAUUUUCAAACAGUGCCAUUGAGGACAAGGUCAUUUAUUCUUAAAUAUCUGUUUAAAUCCCAGGUACUUCUGUUCUGACUAAGAGUCAACUGGAAUAUCAUAAAAGCUUCUUUGAAAAA